AUAUUUAUAUGUACAUCUCUAUCUGUAUCUCUUAAUUUCUACUUGUAUGUAUAUAUAUAUAUAUUUACAUCUACUCCUUUCUUCUCUAUCUAAGCUCAAUUAAUUCUCAGAAUCAACGGGAGCAAGUGUAGCAUGACCAGCGACGACGAGAGCACGAAGAGCGCCACCCGCCGCCAUGCGAUUUUCUGGGUCACGGCGCUGCUGCUCCUGUCUACGGCUCGAGGGCAGCCGAACGGCAGCAACUCGAAAGACGACACGUAUAAUAAUUACAACAAGUUCAGCCCCUCUAUGGCGAUCAUCAUCGUCGUCCUCAUAGCCGCCCUUUUCUUCAUGGGAUUCUUCUCCGUCUACAUCCGCCACUGCACCGAAUCGGCGCCAGGAGGCAGCGUCCGCCCGCUCGGCGCGCUUGGCGCCUCCCUCCGGCGGCGCAACGCCCAGCGCGGCCUCGACCCUGAGGUCAUCGAGAAGUUCCCGACGUUCGAGUACUCGGCGGUGAGGGGCUUGCAGAUCGGGAAAGGCGCUCUGGAAUGCGCCGUUUGCUUGAACGAGUUCCAAGACGACGACACACUCCGGUUGAUUCCCAAAUGCGACCACGUGUUUCACCCAGAGUGCAUUGACGCCUGGCUCGAGUCCCACGUCACCUGCCCAGUCUGCCGGGCCAACCUACAACCGCAGCCCGGCGAGACCGUGGAAUACCCGAACUUACAGGCGGAAAUUGACGGCGCCGCCGAUACCCAGACCGCCCAGAACGACGACGUCUCCAUUCGGAUAGAAGAGCCGGUUCCUCGUCCGGUAGACCGGAGCAAGAGUGUGACCCAGAACCGGCCGCCCCGAUCGUGGUCUGUGACGGGGAGGAUUUUCGGGAGGUUCCCCCGGUCGCAUUCGACCGGACACUCGCUGUCGUUAGUCCAGCCAGGGGACAACACGGACCGGUUCACGCUCAGGAUACCGGACGAGCUACGGAAGCAGAUGAUGACCCGGGCGCUGAACCGGACGGCCAGCGCAGUCGCGGUGUUUCCGAGAGAAGGUAGUUCCCGGAGAGGGUACCGAACGGGGCUUACAGAUGGAAGUAACAGGGGAGGCGUGUCGUACCGGCGGCUGGAUAGACUGGACCGGGGGGUGAAGUCGGACAGGUGGGUUUUCUCAAUUGCGCCGCCAUUCUUAUCUCGGGCGCCGACGGUUCGUUCACCGAAGGUUACGACCGGUGAAGCCGAGGGGUCGACGUCGUCAACGACGCCGGGAGGGACGAAGGUGGCGAUGAAGUUGCCGUCUUUCAAGUGUCUGGAGCCGAGGGGAGACGAGACCGGUUUGGUGGCGGGGGAAGGCGGCCGGCCGCCCGUAUGAGGGCGAGCUCUGAAUUUCCACGGCGGUGGGCCCACCCCUCUGGUUAGGUGAGGAUGAAUUCAAUGUCUGUGCCCACCUCCUUAGACUUUGGCGGCCUUCCCCAAUCCCAUCCCCACUCGGCACUCGCUUUCUACAUUUUCUUUUUUUUUUUUUUUUUUUUCAUUUUUAAUAUUUCAUAUUAAGUUUUGGUUUUUUUUGGAGGUUUGUAGAUAUAAUGAAUUCUUUGUUUUUACA